AUGUCCGAGCUCUGUGCGAUUCUCACCUUGGUACUGUUAAUUGGGGUACCGCAUGCAGUAACUGCUCUAUACACAGGGGGCCAAUUCGAGUAUCGAGUGAUACGGCGAGACGGUCCCCACCCUGAUCUCCAUCUUUCUUGGGAAGACUAUCUCUUCUGUUCAGUUGACAAGGUUCACCUUGAGGACAGCCUCCGUCGCAGCACUCAAUUGGAGGGACCGUCCAAGCCUCUCGUCAUCAAAUCCACCGAAAAGUUCCCGCUCGUGUAUUGGAUCAACUAUACGAUCUCCUUCCAUUACAAGUGUCUCUUGAAGGAUGUCUGGAAAAUCAGGAAAACCACUUCCGGGAGAGGCGCGUCGAAUUUCGCGACCCUCAAGUGGGAGGUCCCGGCUGAAAUCCUCCGACUCGACGCAUGGGCGACGGUCCACAUCCAUCUAGUGGCCGAGGGGUAUUUCCCGGAGCGAUCCAGAUACAGGAGAUCCAACGUGACGGGACCCUUCAUCUUGAGGCCGCUCUCACUUGAUGUGGUGUACACGGUGUCUCUCACAGUUCAAAUCGCCAACGAAUCUAGCAUCGCCGAAAAGAAGCGAUUCCUUGUCGGCGUCUCAGACGAGCUCAGCCGUGUGGAUGAUAUCGAUGUGCUGUUCAAGAACGACACCGAAGUCGCUCUACAAUGGGGUUACGAGGAGUACAUCGACUCUAUCGCCUUCAUCAGAGCUUUCGAAGUCAGAUGGAGACCCAUUUCCGCUGGUGCCUUUUGGCAGCAAGUCAUCACAACCAAGUGGAACUACACGUUGACGAAUCUCGAGCCCAAUGUCCCAUAUAACAUUUCCGUCAGCGCGUAUUUCCUGUGUGGAAACAAAGCGGUUCAAGGUGCCCGGAGGUACACGCUCAUCGGCGUCGACCCAUCUGCAGAUUUCCCGAUCUUGAUCUCGACGGCGGGCGUUGUGACCUUCAUACUCAUCGUGAGCGCGGUCAUAGCUUGCUUCUCUUGUGCAGCUCACAGGGAAAGAGACCUCAUGGAGAGCUUGAAGUUUCUCUGCUUCGAUGUGCUCAUUCUCAUGACGGUGGCCUACUCUUCAGGCGGGCAAUCUGCACCUGUGAUGUUGCCCUUCAAUGAAGAGAAUUCCCCGAAGAACGGGGUCCUGCCAGGCCUCUAUCGAAUCGAGGCGAUCUUCAGCGCUGUCGGACCAAUGGGCAUCCUGAAUCUGACCUGGCCGACAGUAAUCUGUGUUGGAGGGGAGAGACCGAGCUACAGGGUCGAGGUGCAUCAGGAGUACGGGUUUCUCAGAGAAGUGACCAAUGGCACCUGCUGCAGCAUAAGGUCCAGCCAAGAUUUCCCUGUUCUGUUUUUCCAAGAAUACUUGCUCAAGUUAUCCUGCGUCUGUGGACGUCACGCAGAAACGUUGCUAUGGAUUCGGCGGUUCACCUCGGGACCCGGAGAGCCGCUGCCUCUCAAGAAUCUCAUCGUCGCGACCCAGGACACCAACGCCUUCCUAGUGUGGGAAACACCAUCAGAGUUGAGGAAAUUCUGCGGCAAUCGCGCAUUCGAGGUUCAUGUCACCAUCUGUGAAGAAGAGCGAGCGGUCUGUGGGAUUAGGACCCUCCCUCUUUGUCCAAGAGCUUUACCGAAUCUCCGCUAUUUGAGUCGUGAUCGAGUGUACGUUAUAAGAGCGGAAGUCGUCGUUGGGAGUUUCCGGAGCAGAGACGUUUCGAUCAUCCUCAAGCAGCAUUCCUAUCGGGGAAUAUCGGCGAUGAAAAUUCUGAAAAUUCUCGGUCUCAUCCUCCUCGCUGCGUACGUGCUGUUGCUCUUGACCUACGUUAUCUACCGCAAUCACUGCAUUUGAACGUGACAGAGAUUCUCGGAAAACCAGAUGUUAGCAGUCCGAGCUUCAUCUCCAUUGCCGUGACAUGAUUGCGGAUGAGUCUUCCCGUCGCUGUG